AUGGGUCGCAACACUUAUGAUAUGCAGCAAGCCGACGAAAAACUGUUCUCUUUAGGGCAGUUCUCUGACCUCAAGAUUCGAUGCGGCGCUCGCGAAUGGGCGGUCCACAAGGCCAUACUCUGCCCGCGAUCGGAGUACUUCGACCGCAUCGUUAAUAGCGGCUUCAAGAAAUCACAUGAAAACCUCAUCGAGCUACACGACGAGAAUCCGGAUAUCGUUCAUCUGACGCUCGAGUGGCUCUACAACGAGAGAUACGUUCCAGCGGGAAUGACAUACACUUCUAAGUGGGGGAUACACAAGGCCGUGUUCGAGAUUGCCGACAAAUAUCUUCUGAAAGACCUUCAGAACGUGGCCUUGCAAGCAUUCCUGGACUGCGAGAUCUCCGAGGACAUGGAAGGAUUAGUGAAACUUGGAAAACUGAUCGGCAACAUGGCACCGGCGAAUCCUGUCUUGCAGCAAGCGGUCGUGGACUGCCUCAGCUACGAAUUCGUCGGAAGCCAAGCAGCAUUCAUGCGACCAUAUCAUGCCGCCGAACUCGUAGAGCUCCUGCGCGAGACACGCUCCGACUUUGCAAUAAUGAUUUUCCUGAAGCUCAACGAGAGAUGA